AUGGAGGACCAAGACAUACGACAACAGAAGCUGGACAACCAGCGAACCCUUUUGAUGAAAAAGCAGCAAAAGAAGAGGGCCGAUUCUCAAAUGGUGACGGCCAAUCGGGACACUCGCCAAAAGAACCGAAAGCACAAAGUUGCCCGCUCUGAUGAAACACCUCUGCUGAUCAGCCAGUCCCUGAGCAACACUUCCCUGAGUGAUCAAGUUGAACAUGCCCAUGAUAACCCAUUGGAUGAAAUCACAUUGGGUGAAUGCGAUAUGACGGCAAGUAUGACGCUAGAGGAGAUGCCUUCAGAGAAGCCGGUUACUCCCAAGAAAAUGAACUUGGAAAUUGACAAAGAGCCUGAGGUGAAGUGUGACGUGGAGAACGAUGCCCAGCAACUCACUGAUUUUUCAGAGGUGGAAGAGAGCGAGGAAAAGGAGAAAGAAAAGGACAAAGACAAGGAAAAAAAGGAGAAAAAAACAAAGAAGAAGGACAAAGUGAAAGAAUCUGAAGACACACGGAAGACAAACAAGACAACCAAAAAAGAGCGUAAAAAAACACACUUCCAGGAUGCUUCAACUCAGGAGAUAGAGUCCGUGGUGGAGGUGGCAAGUCCAAAGAAGAAUAAACGCGAUGAAAGUGACGAUGAAGAGGAAGACGGCUCCAAGAGGCCUGUCCCUCAGUCACCAAAGUGGAAAAAACAACUGGACACAUCCAGGUGCCAAAUAAGUGACGAGAGCAAAGACGAGGAAGUCCAAGAAAAGGAGAAAAAGGAAAAAAAGACAAAAAAGGGAGAGAAAACUAAUUCAAGCGAACCCUUUUGA